UAGGGACCGCGGCCGUCGGAAAUGACGUGAGCAGCAGGAACAACUAGCAGCGCUUGAAAGAAAGUGUGUAGUCACCGUGUGUAACCCGGUCUACAGCUUUAUUUUCAGCAUAACAUAAUCAAAUCUUAUCAAUAGUUCUCAUAUUGGUGCCUGCUUAUUACAUUUGCCAUCAUGUCUAUUAUGUCAUAUAAUGGAGGUGCCGUCAUGGCGAUGCGUGGAAAGGAAUGUGUGGCAAUAGCAUCAGACCGGAGGUUUGGCAUCCAGGCACAGCUGGUUACCACCGACUUCCAGAAAAUCUUCCCUAUGGGAGACAGACUCUACAUCGGGCUGGCUGGCCUUGCCACAGAUGUACAAACUGUAUCUCAAAGGCUGAAGUUCCGCUUGAACUUGUAUGAGCUGAAGGAAGGUCGUCAGAUCAAGCCGAAGACCUUCAUGAGCAUGGUGUCCAACCUUCUGUAUGAGAGGAGGUCGCACACCGGACGAGAAAUGCAGCGUUGCGUUCAUCGUCUCAUGAAGUCGGAGUCACAGGAUUUAUUUGAGACCAUCUCUCAGGCCAUGCUGAACGCUGUUGACAGAGAUGCAGUGUCUGGAAUGGGAGUCGUUGUUCAUGUCGUUGAGAAGGAUAAGAUAACCACACGUACCCUGAAGGCCAGGAUGGACUAAAGAAAAAUACUACUGCUGUUUCCUCUCCUACAACCCCAUUUUUUUUGUACUCCAAUAGAAUUUGCCUUGUUCCAUUUGUCAUCAUCAAAAUUGAAUUGUUCAAUAAACAUUUCUAAUAUUUACUCA